AGGAAGUGUAGGUGUUACUUUCUUAUAUUACAAUCUGCAAAAGUCCGAGGGAAGGAAUGUAGACAUUAGCAGAUGGUGACAGCGUUUGGGUUCGCCAGUGCUGCACCCGCAAACCCGACAGCCUUCAAUGCACUUUAUUGAGGAUCAUCGAGCAGCCUCAGGCACAUGUGUGAGAUUCUGAUGGCUACCAACCAUUCUUUCACCGGCUCUGAUGACACAGCCGAUGAAGCAGUCCGUUCCACAUGUGAUGAUGCAACAGUUUGUAAAAGGUUUGCAGUGAGUAUGAACUAUUGGAAGGACCCUUACAUACAGUAUUUUAUAAAGCAACCAAACGAAAGGAAAGCUCCUGAAAUCAACAGAGGUUAUUAUGCCCGUGUAAAAGCUGUGAAUAUAUUGCUGGAUGCCUUCAUAAAGAAAACUAACUGCAAUUGCCAGGUUAUGAACCUUGGUGCUGGCCUGGACACAACUUUCUGGAGACUCAAGGAUCAAAACUUGCUUCCAAAAAAAUACUUUGAAGUUGACUUUCCAAUGAUUGUCAUGAGAAAAAUACACUUGAUCAAAACGAAGCCUCCAUUGUCAAAGCCAAUUAUAGAAACAAAUUCAAGUAGUAGCCUGCUGAUAGAUGGCUCCAACAUGGACUCUGUUCAUUAUGCCAUUAUUGGGCAAGAUCUCCGUGACCUGCCCAUGUUAACGGAAAGAUUAAAGAAAUUUGGACUGGAUACCAAAUUACCAACGCUGCUACUGGCAGAAUGUGUCCUUGUUUAUAUCACACCUGAAAAAUCUACAGAAUUAAUCAAGUGGGCUUCAACUACUUUUCAUACAGCUAUGUUUGUCAAUUAUGAGCAGGUGAACAUGACAGAUCGUUUUGGCCGAGUGAUGAUUGAAAACCUGCAGCGUCGGCAGUGUAACCUUGCUGGAGUAGAUAGCUGUCAAACUCUGGAAACACAGAAAGAUCGGUUUCUUUUGAAUGGCUGGGAUUAUGCAAAUGCUAUGGACAUGAUGACAGUUUAUAACAGUUUGCCACAAGCAGAUAUUCAGAGGUAUUUAUAA